AUGACUGCAGCUACCGAAUUUGAAACUGCCAACUCCACUUACUCUUCAACUUUUUCCAAGGGCGAUCUUGCUCUCCCACCGGCCAGAAAAGUUGCGGUGGUUGUGUGUAUGGAUGCGAGAAUAGACCCAGCAGCAGCUUUGGGAUUGUCGGAAGGAGACGCCCAUGUGAUCCGCAACGCGGGAGGCAGAUCUUCGGAUGCGUUGAGAAGUGUGAUAAUCCUGCAACGGCUCCUUGGUACCAAAGAAAUUGUGGUGGUUCACCACACUGACUGCGGAAUGCUUACAUUUUCAGACACCGAUCUUCGCGGAAUUGUCAAGGAGCAAACAGGCCAUUCGGUGGACCAUGUUGCGUUUUUGCCAUUCAAGGACUUGGAGGAGAGCGUGCGGGAAGAUGUCGAAUUUUUCAGAAAGAGUCCGUUAGUGUUGGAUGUGCCUGUGACAGGAUAUAUCUAUGACGUGAAAACGGGUCGCAUUGACAAGGUGGAGUAA